UGUGAUUACUUUGGUCAGUACAGUAUGCGCACUCUCUCCUCUGAUAUCUAAUCAAAGUUUUACUGCUUUAAAGCAAAAUUGCCUCAGCAAAAUCCAUUUCCAGUUGUCUUGUUAACGCGCAAAAAGCAAUGCUGCUGGUCCGAUCAUGUCUAUAAAUGUGCCCAUGUUCUGUUUGUGGAUUGCUCUGUAGUAGGUAAGGUUGUAGAAAGCCAUGGCUGUGGGUGUGGCGAUAAAGAACGAUGGCAGGCAAUACACUGGAAGAAUCACAUGGUUCGUGCUGCUUUCUUGCAUGAUUGCAGCUUCCGGAGGAAUGAUUUUCGGCUACGAUGUCGGGGUUUCAGGCGGGGUGACUUCGAUGGAGCCGUUCUUGAAGAAAUUCUUUCCAAGGGUUUACAGGAAGAUGAAAGAGGACACAAAGAUGAGCAACUACUGCAAAUUCGACAGCCAAUUGCUGACAUCUUUCACAUCCUCACUCUACAUAGCCGGCCUUAUUUCUUCUUUCUUUGCUGCAAUCGUGACUCGGAACUAUGGCCGGAAACCGUCGAUCAUCGUCGGUGGAGUAACCUAUAUGGCUGGUGCUGCCCUUGGUAGUGCAGCUUAUAAUGUUUACAUGCUCAUAAUUGGUCGUCUGCUGCUUGGCGUCGGGCUUGGAUUUACCAAUCAGUCAGUUCCAUUGUAUCUUUCAGAAAUGGCGCCAUCCAAAUACAGAGGAGCUUUCAACGUCGGUUUCCAGAUAUGUGUUGCCAUUGGCUGCAAUGCAGCGGCACUUACAAACUACGGCACGGUAAAGAUCAAAGGCGGGUGGGGAUGGCGAAUUUCCAUCGGAAUGGCCGGUCUGCCUGCUGCAAUUCUUGCAUUCGGGGCACUUUUCCUCCCUGAAACACCAAACAGCCUUAUCCAACACUGCAAUGAACACCAAAGAGCCAAGAAAAUGCUGCAAAAGAUACGAGGCACUGACGAUGUCCAAGCAGAACUGGACGAUCUCAUCGAAGCAAGUUAUGCUUCAAAAGCCGUAAAACACCCUUUCAAGAACCUCAUGCAAAGAAAAUACAGGCCGCAACUUGUCAUGUCCGUAGCAAUACCAUUUUUCCAACAAAUAACUGGAAUUAACGUUGUCGCCUUCUACGCCCCGUUGAUCUUUCUAACUAUGGGUUUCGGAGAGAGUGCUUCCCUCUUGUCUGCACUCGUGACUGGGCUUGUGGGCUCGGGUUUCACUGUCCUGACGGUAUUCUUUGUCGAUAAACUAGGCAGACGACCUUUGUUCCACAUAGGUGGAGCUCAAAUGUUCAUUUCACUGAUGCUGAUUGGAGGGAUCAUGACAGCCAAACUAGGGGAUCAUGGUACUAUGGAAAAAGGGUAUGGAUUAAUAGUUCUGAUCCUGAUUUGCAUAUACAUUUCAGGUUUCGGCAUAUCCUGGGGUCCAUUAGGAUGGGUUGUCACAAGUGAAAUUUUCCCACUGGAAGUACGGUCCGUAGCACAAAGCAUAGUCGUGGCUGUUAAUCUCUCCAUGACUUUCAUUAUUGCUCAGGUUUUCCUAGCAAUGCUCUGCCAUCUCAAGUCCGCAAUUUUCUUCUUUUUCGGGGCGUGGGUUCUACUGAUGUCCGCAUUCGUCUAUCUCUUGCUGCCUGAAACGAAGAACAUUCCCAUUGAGAAAAUGGAUCAAAUCUGGGGAAAGCAUUUUUUCUGGAAAAAGUUUAUGGAUAGUAGUCAAAGUCGUGAGAGCAACAAAACCGAGGCUGCAUGAAUGUUGUUGUAUUAUUACGUACUAAGUGGUGUGUGUUACCUCUUGAUCGUUCUAGUAUCUUGUUAUCAACCGGGUGUUGUGCUUUGCAUAACUUUUCUUACAAGUCCUUGUAGAUUUCCCCUUGCUACUUUUGUGAUAUGUAAAAUUGACUUCUCCUGAUACAGGAGAAGGGUUUUACACAUUGAAUUUUUAAGUUGCAAACUCUAUUUUA